GCGAGUGCGGCCGGCGCGCGCGUGUGGCUCUGUGUGCCUGCGUGAGUGUGUCCGUGGGUGGGAGAUGAAUUGGAGUCAUACGACUGGGUGUUUCCUUCCGAGUGAUUUUGAUCAGCAAUCCAUUAGGGGAUCAUGGAAACUUUUUUUUUUUUUUUUCUGGCUAAAAGGAUGAAAACUGAGCCAACCACUUUUUACUGUCAUCCAUGGAAGGGCUCUUACUAACCGCCUCAGACUUUUGGGACUGAUGAUUCUUUGGCAGGAUACUUCGGAAAGUUCUUAAGUGGGGAUGGAGCUAUCUUGAUUUGAUUUAAGUUGUGGAAAAAGAAGACAGAUUUGUGUUUUUCAUGCUGACAAAAAAUAGCUGCUAUGACUUUUCCGGCAACGUGGACAGGGGCCAAGUGAAGCUGAACUGGUCAUGGUCUGUCGUCCAGUGUUCCUUUGUCGUCGGCGAUUUUGCCCCCGGCCCUUCUUGGUGGGCUUGGUGGUGGCAAUCUGUCUCUUCUACCAGACCCUGACAUUCCGGGGCGCAAGGAAUCUCACAGCUGCUGUCCCUGACGCUGCCCCAAACACACCCACCGAAACCCAGGCAAGCAGAUGCAAGGAAGGAUUCUCCCUGGACAAGCAGUGCUUACUUCUCUCCGAUAAGGCACAGGAAGUCAGAAAGAUCGAAGAGUCAAUUGAGAUCCACUUCGGCAGCCAUGGCAGAAAGGCCGUUCUCUACAGGCCUCCUUCCUCCAGCAAAAGGGAGCUUCAGCUCCACCAGCGCAUUCUCACUCGGCAUCACUAUGCGGUUGUCAUCACUGAAGAGAGGCUUGGUGCCGCCCCUGGGCUGGGGCUACUAGAAAAAGGUGAUUUGGGCUCUUGGGAUCUGCUCGUUUGCCUGUCUUCUGGGAAAGCUGAUGGAAAACCUUGCAUAUCCAAGGAAGACAUGUGCCAGUUAGGUUUACAUCAAAAGGUAAACAUAUUACCAGAAAUACAACAUCAGCUUUGCAGAAAGGAAGGAUUAUGUCAACUAAUUAGAAGAUUUCCAGAAUUGCAACUUCCGGUGAGCCCCUCAGUGUGUCUGGAUCAGAGCAUACAAUUAAAGCUGAGUGCUUCAAGUCACCUUUUAAAAACAGUGAAGUCAUAUAUGUGGAGACCAGGGGACUGGAGACGUGAACAGCUGAAUCAAACCACAGUCCUAGCUCCACAAGAAACACUCUUGAGAGCCAAAGAUUUAUCCGUAAUUCUUAAAGCUUAUGUGCUGGUGACAUCCUUAACUCCUCUGCGUGCAUUCAUUCAUUCGACUGGCACGGUUUGGAAUCCACCAAAGAAAAAACGCUUCACUGUCAAGCUGCAAACAUUUUUUGAGACGUUCCUGAGAACAAGUUCACCUCUUCAGGCUUUUGAUAACAUGAAGGAAGCAAUUAGCAAACUCCUGCUAGCAGCUGAAGUAUUCAGUGAAACAUCUACUCUGGGACCAAAGGUCUUCCAUAGAUGCAGAUUAUGUUUUCAGCUUUUAACUUUUGAUAUUGGUUAUGGCAGCGGCAGGUCCCCUGUAGUGCUCCAGGUGCAUGAGCAUUUAAAUUUUCAAGAUGAUGAUAAUAUGGAUUUUGAGGACCAAAACACAGAAGAAUUCCUUUUAAAAGACACUUUCAAUUUUCUCCUGUCCAAUGAAUCUUCACUUUCCAUAUUUUCUGAGAUACUUCAGAGACUUUAUAGAUCAGGUAUAUUUAAGGGUGAAAACUAUCAAAAAGAACUAAAUCAAUGCCUAUCUUUAGAGGAGAUUAACUCAAUUAUGACUUUCAUAAAGGAACUCAGGAGUUUGGGACAAUUCCAACUGCUCUUCCCAUCUACUACUCCUGGGUUUCAAUCUUUGAUGCGUGAAUUUUAUGAUACAGCAAAUCCUGUGGGGAAACCUGGUUCCAUCCUGACCCAAUACUGGUCUCUUUUAAAUGUAUUCGAACAAUUUCAGCUCCUGAAUAAAAAGGCACAGCCACACCCGCUGGAAUGGAAUUCUUUCGCAGAGGAUGAGAACAUGAAAAAACCACAAGUACCAUUUAAUGCAAUUGAAAAUAAAAAAGCUGCAGUUCCACAAAUUAUUAAUGAAACCAAAGAAAUACAUUGCAUUAAUGAUAAAGAUGCACAAUGUCAUAUCAAGCAGAUCUUCACACAUCCGCAUUUGGAACUAAAUCCUGAAUUUAACUCAAAGAUCAAAGAUUAUUACUCUGAAGUCCCAUUUGAUGUGGUAACACUGACAAUUGGAGCACAGACUUCUAAGUGUCAGUGCAAGGUGUACCUGCAGGAACGGGCAGGACCAAGCUUUGCCAACUACCCUCUGGGCUUAGGGAUGAACAAAAUCUCAAUGCUUGUGGUGGACGAAUCUCCAAUCCAAGGUGAAACCCUGAUCACAUACAAACUCACCAUCUAUAGAGAAGACCGUCCAAGUCUGCCUUUGUUUGAGGACUUUGCAGCAUGCGGUUUUGUGCAGGAUUGUGGUUUGCUGAUUCAACCAGAGGAAACCUGUGGGUUACAGCCUAUUUCUUCUGACUACAUUGAAGCCAUUUCACAGCCGGGACUAAAGACCUGUCCAUCUGGGGACACAAAAGGCCAGUGGAUCGUGCCUUGCCUUAGCUGUUCAGACAACAGGACCUGUGACUGGAGAGAAAUCACUUGGCAGCCUCACAACUGUCACUAUGGUGUCCUAACUAAGCCUCAGCUCCAGCAGUGCCUGGGAGGAAGGAAGAUUCUUUUCAUUGGAGAUUCGACCAACAGAGGGAUAAUGUACUAUCUGAUCGAAAGAUUGAAUGAAACCUUUCAAGAAUGGCAGAAGGUGCAUGGCACUAAAUUCUAUCACAACGUCAAUGGUGGGAAGACUUUGAUCAGUUAUUCCUACUAUCCACAGUUCUGGAUAAGCCCUUCGUUGAGACCAACAUUUGAAAAAGCCCUUGAACAUCUCUUGCAAAGAUCACAUCCCCUGGAGAAUACCAGCCAGACUGUAUUAGUCGUUGGUGGUGUUCAGUGGCUUAAUUCCAAUCACCUGCAAAUUAUUCACAAGGUUUUAAAGAGGGAAAAUUUACUCAAUAUCCUUGUGAUCAUCAAAACGUUGGGAAUUGGAUUUCAUCUGCCGGUGGAUGGAGUACACUUCCUAACGCAGAGUGAAGUUCAGAAUUUAUGGAAAGAAAAUUUGAUUAUUCUGGAAGCUGCAAAAAAAUAUGGCUAUGAAGUGGUUGACACAUUCACUAUAACAAUGGGGCGAUACAAAGAGUUUUUGCAGGGGACGUGUGGAUGUCAUUUUCAUGAGGUAGUGAAAUCAAAAUUAUCCAAAGAAUAUCACUUUCUUAAAAUGAAACGAUCAAGAAAUCAUAUUGUGGGAAAAUAUUUCAGCAAUCAAAGCAAAGUACAACGACGACAACAAGACUCUGUAACAAAUGUACAAUCACCGUAUCACGUCAGAGGUCCAGUUAAUCAGGUUUGCUCUGAAAUCCUUCUCAGCAGGAUGUGUGCCAGUGAAAGAACUGUGCAGACUCUGCGGAAGGGCUGAACUUGGAAUAGGAUUCAAGUCACUCACCCGGACGAUGGUUUAGCAGCCAAAUCCUGUGCAUUAUGUGUAUUUUGGUUCCGCCACCCAUGCUGAGGCACACCGGCACACACAAACACACCAAUGCACACGUAGCUAAAAAAGUCAUAACACUUUCUUUUUCUACAGCUUUAUAAAGUUAGGAUGUG